UUCUCAGAGCCUGGGUUUGGAUUGCGCGUCCCUGAAGCUGCCAGAGUGUCCUAUGCAUUUCCAAGAGCAACAAAAGAUGAAUAAUUCUCUGGAAUUGGUGUCAUUUGAGGAUGUGGCUGUGGACUUCACCUGGGAGGAGUGGCAGGACUUGAAUGAUGCUCAGAGGACUUUGUACAAGGAUGUGAUGCUGGAGACCUACAGCAGCCUGGUGUCUUUGGGGUACUGCAUUAGUGAACCUGAAGUGUUCCCCAGGUUGGAGAAAGGAGCAGAGCCACGGAUGAUCAAAGAACACCCAAACCAGAGCCUCCCAGAUUUUCAGGUAGUUAAUGACCUAAUUAAGAGCAGCCGAGAAAGUCAUGGUAGAUACUUGUGGCAAGGUGUAAUCCUCAAUGGGAACCGAUCAACUGAGGAGAGAGUUGAUUUAGGAAAAUCAUUUAAUUUGAAUUCAAAAGACUGA